CCAAUUUUAUUUUUCAAAAAUUGAACAAAGCAGUUUAAUCCAUCCCUGGCAGAGGGAAUUGGAUUUCAAGUUCCAUUUCGACUGCACCAGCAAGCAUUUCCUCUCGGCUUUGCGUGCACUUCAUUCUUUUUUCUUCCACCCGCGCCUUACAACCUAUCUAUCUAUGUGGAUGAGGCAGUUCGCAUCUAUCUAUGACUCCAUGUUGAGAGCAGUCAUUCUUACAUCGAUUUCACAAGCAUCCGGGCGUUGAAGCAACGUGAAGUCUGAGUUUUAUUACCACUUCUUUGAAGAUUGAUCAUGUAACAAAUUCUGUAAAAGCAUCAAAGUUGACAUUUCUCAAAUUUCCACAGAUUGAUCUAAUCAUGGUCCUGUUUUAAGUAUUUUGACCUAAUUUUUGAGCUUCUAGCAACAAUAAUAAUUUAUUUGCCCUCGGCCGUACAUGAUUUCCGUUAAGUGAGCUUAAAGUAACGGCGAUGAUGUUGGGCUCAUCGGGCGCAGGCUCCUCUAGAUUAAAGUCAGGGGGAAUACAGCCUUCUGAAUCUGGCCUCAAGCGCAAGCGGGGCAUUUUUCAGAAAGAUUUGCAGCACAUGAUGUAUGGAUAUGGUGACGACUCAAAUCCCUUGCCUGAGAGCGUGGCACUGAUGGAGGACAUAGUGAUUGAUUACAUCACAGAUAUGGUGCAUAAGGCUCAAGAUCUAGCAUCCAAAAGAGGGAAGCUUUUGACAGAGGACUUUUUGUUUCUUUUACGAAAGGAUUUGCCCAAGCUUAACCGCUGUACGGAACUGCUUGCAAUGAAUGAGGAGCUCAAGCGAGCAAGAAAAGCUUUUGAAGUUGAUGAGGACAAGCUGGCAACUGAUGAUUGAGUAAAGAAUUAGCUUUUAUUUCACAGAGCAUACAAAGUGUGCUUUGAAUCUGGAUAAAUAUAAUUUAUGUUAUGCAAAAAUAUCUUCAAAUUACUCCUGCAAUAAAGAAGUAUGAAGGAACAAUGGCAAAAGUGAAGCAAAGGAGUGUAUAACAUGCAAUUUCUUGGAAAGAUCGUUGAUUGCAUGUUUUUAGCUGCAAUUCUGUUAAUCAUCUCAAAUGGUUUGCUUAGUUUAUGCAUUGAGCUUACAGAAAUCUCUACACUGCCCAUAAGAUACACCCUAAAUUUCUUUGUUAUACUUAUCUCCAACAGUCAAUUCUGAAAUUUGCUUGCUUUAUGCAAAAGAUUUAGAGAAACAAUUACCAUUUUAGAUGUGUCAAUAAAACUUUAUUUUUUGUGGCACAAA